UCUGUGUAAACCACCAUCUGGAUCUCUUUCUUUCUCUCUCCUUAAUCGUUCAUACAUAGAGGAAAGAGGAAGAAGAAAUCAAUACAACAAUGACGACUGUCGGUGGCGGUGGCGGUGGCGGUGGGGGCAACGAUCUCAAACACUCUUCAGUCUCUGAAUGGACCUACACUGUCUCCCGGCGAUACCAGCACCUCCUAGACAAGUCAACCCCACACGUCCUCCGCCGUUGGAUCGGUUUCGCCAUCGUCUUCUUCGUUUACGCCCUCCGUGUUUACUUCGUUCAAGGUUACUACAUCAUCACCUAUGGCCUUGGAAUCUACAUCCUUCAGCUCUUCCUCGCUUUCCUUUCUCCUCAGGUUGAUCCAGAACUUCAAGAUGGCCCUUCCCUACCUACCCUCGGAUCCGAAGAAUUCCGCCCCUUUGUCCGCCGUCUUCCUGAAUUCAAGUUCUGGUAUUCAAUUACAAGAGGCUUUUGUAUUGCUUUUGUGCUCACAUUCUUCACUAUGUUUGAUGUGCCUGUAUUUUGGCCAAUUCUAUUGUUCUAUUGGAUGGUAUUGUUCGUUUCAACGAUGAAGAGACAGAUAAUGCACAUGGUCAAAUAUAGAUACGUUCCCUUCUCUUUCGGCAAACAGCGUUACACAGGAAAGAAAGCAGUGGUGGAUGAUGAUGCAGCCUCUGGCAGACCUUGAGUCUUUGGUGAGUUAACUUAAAAAAUACUGAUUGGGUGAAAUUCUUCAUAUGUUUUGAGCUACCCAACCGAUUAAACUCCUCAAACAGUUGGUCCUCUGCGGAUAAUUUGGGUUCAUUUUCAAAUGUCAUCUUUCCAAUUGAAAUAUGCAACAAAAGGAUCUUCUUCAGGGGACCAGGAACUAUGCGAAUCCGAAUCCCAAUCAGCCUACUUCUAUUUUCUAGUUGUCUUCCCAUAGAUGAUAGAAAAGUUCAUUAUUUGUGUAGCCAUUUUCCCUGUAAUUUUUCGUAUCUUUUUGAAAUUUUGACCAAUGCACAUUUGGAAGGCCUUUUUUAUGUAACGAUGAAUUUCUCUCUUUUAGCAA